CCACCCCCUGACCACGAUCGCGACCAGGAAUUGGCAGCCCAGCGGGAAAUAGACGCUAGAUCCAUUUAUGUGGGCAAUGUGGACUACCAGUCCACUCCUGAGCAAUUGGAAGAGUUCUUCCACAAGGCAGGCGUGAUCGAGAGAGUUACCAUCUUGUUCGACAGAUACACAGGAUUGCCUAAGGGCUACGCCUACGUGGAGUUUGAGGAGACUGCAAGCGUGGAGAGAGCCAUUGAGGAGUUGCACGGCAAUGAGUUCCGAGGCAGGGAGUUGAGGGUGAGUCCCAAACGGACCAAUUUGCCGGGAUUCAGGCCCAGAGCACCCAGGGGCCGUGGUGGCUUCAGGGGCAGAGGCAGAGGCAGAGGAGGCCGCGGUAGAGGCAGAGGGGGCCGUGGCAGGGGCGGA